AUGGGAGUGAAGGACCACUGGACUAUAUUAUGUCCGGUAAUGAGAAGAAACCCAUUUUCUGCCUCAGUGCAGGAGUGCAAUGAUAUUGGCCAGUGUUGGAGUGAAGAGCGCCUUGAUAAGUUGAAGACAGCUAUUGACCAUAUUUGGAUGAAGGGAGGCAACCGUGCACCAAUUACCGGGGGUACAGGACUUGGGUUUGGUAACCUGCCAGCCCUCCACGAACUGGAUGGCACCACCAUCACCAGGUCAGAGGCUCAGGUCCCUACAACACCUAACCCUGGCCGAGACCACUGUCAGGAGGACCAACACCGCGCUCUCCAGAAGCGAACAAAGGAGAAAGAAGUACAUGCAAAAAAUGCAAAAGAAGGAAGCGAGGAUUGCGGGGACGAGAAAGACGAUGAAGAGUGGUGGGGUGAGGCGAGCGAGCACACUCCGGAGAUCCGUCUGGCUAUGCACCAACACAUUGAGCGUUGUCGUCAACGCCAUCAGCACACGGCCAGCAGCAACAACAAAAAGAAGCGGGAGGUGCGACUCUUUACUGCUGAUGGUCGACCACUCAACGUUAACGCCGCCAAACUCGAAUUCAAGUUUAUCGAAGACGAAGAAAACAACUGCUUCACCCUCGAAGUCCACACCUACAAAUACCUUGACGCCUCGCUGGUGAAAUGUGAGGUGGAGCCGUGGUAUGUGCAGGUGAUAGUGCGGGGUAAGGUGCUCCAGCUGGUGCUGCUGGAGGAGAUCAGGCCAGACCGUGCCACAGCUCGCAGGUCCCAGGUUACAGGUCACCUCCUCGUUACCAUGCCCAAGCUGGCACCUCCCAGGUGGCCCUUUAACACCUGUGUACUUGAGAAGAUCACACCUGUUGCGUCCUCCACAACGAACACGUGCCAGCCUCACGACACCCUCACAUCUACACACGACAUCAACUGUGAUCUCAAAUAUUUAGAGGUAGGGGAGAAGAAGAGUGACAUGGAUUACACAAAUAUCGUCAACGACUCCAUCAAUGACUCCGUCAACACCGCCGCUAUCUGCAGCAGCCUUCAACCCACCACUGCCAGCCUCAACCCCCCAUUUGACAGACCGAACUCCCCGGACUUUGUGGACAAUACAGACGUCCCUCCCUUAGAGUAGAUCAUCACAUCCUCUCCAAAGUAAGAUGCUCUCCGACUGAUAAAGAUUCACGAAAUAACUAUAUUACUUCGAAUAAACUAAUUAUAAAUACUGAGUGCAAUUAAUAUAUGAAAAAUUUUUGGAACACCCAUCCCAACCUGUAUUGUAUUGUAAGGCAAAGACCAGUAGCCUACUUGUCGAUAUAAACUUUAAGAUCAGAUAUUUAAUGACGUAAGUAGCACAGACAUUCAAGCUGAUCACCACUAUCGAAGUUUAGAAGGACAUACUUGUUUCAGUUUAGCCAUCUAUCCCUUCAACGGUACACAAGACUUUCCUCUAUUAUUUUCAGAUUCUAUUCACAGAUUACCAUUAAUUUAUGUGGGUGUAUUGUUCUUGGUUAAACAAAGGACUUUUUAAUAUUUUGUGAAAGAUCAAAGUCAAGAUCACUUCUGAUAACUGAAAUUAUAAUUACUACUUAUCGUGAAAUUUGACUGACGCAUUGCUCAUGGGAUGAAUUUUAUUUUUUUUAUUGUGGGUUCAAAGGUCAGAGCCAUUAUUUCUGGUGUUAACUGAAGAGUGCAGGAUAAUAAUUAGCCAUCAAUUUACAAUUCUAAAGAUAAAGUGUUCCAGGGAAGAACUCACAUAUACUUUAAUUCUAAAACCCUUAAGUCACGAGUAACAAAACAUCUUAUCAGAGAACUUCUUCUUACAGGCAGCGGCGGCUUAAGGGCUGUGCGAGCGCUGUACAAAAUGAGGACAAUGGCACUGGGCAUCCCAAAUCUAUUUUUUAUGUAGAAAUACUAUUUCUGUAACACUGAAGAAAUUCUGUGAAUAUUUAUAGAUAUUUUUUUUUUCUUUCUUCAAAAUCACACUUUAUUUUUAAAUAGUAUUUAAUGCUUAAUGAGAUUUAAUAUGUUUCGUUAAUGCAUAUGUGCAUAUGCAUGUGCCCUUCCUGAAAUAGUAGAAUCUUAGAAUAGCAUUUGCAAAUUUAAUUUCAAAAGUGCUUUGGUGGUUUAUGUUUGCUUACACGGUGCAAGCAAGCAUGGAUGAACGCAGAGUUUUUUUUUAUUAUCUUCAGCUUUGAGAAUGACCUUUCUCCUGAGGCUAUUGUAAUCGGCAGUGAGAAAAUCCACAAAAUGUCACACAAAUUGGGAUGGAUGUAAUUUAAAUGGCUUUGAUAUAGAUACUACUGUAAAACAGACAUUGCAGUUGGCUGUUGCAGUUGGCUUCCUGAGCACAGAGCCAUAAAGCUCCUGAUUUCUGUAAGGAUUUCAUCAGCAAUUAUGUUCCCCGAAAGUCUUGUGCAGCAUCUUUAUACAUCUCCAAAUCUUCUGGUGUCGUUGAUUUCAGUGAAAAAAUGUUACAAACAAAACCAUACUUGGUUUUUGUUCAAACCUUUCCUCUAGUUCAGCUACAGCAUCAUGUACAAGAACAGUAAAGUAAUUUAUUUUGAAUGCAUCUUUUCCCCCUCUGAUGGGUUCAUCUGCCCCUUCAUAUAUGAAAAGCAGCUUCCUUUUCAUCGUUCGUUUUUCAGGAAACACUGCCUCUAUUGGCUCAUCAAAUGCCAGUUGUAUAUCUGAAGCAACCUUUAUGGCCUCCUCAAAGGAUUUUUUGUGCUUUUCAGUAAUGCUACUGUCUAGUGCAGUGGUUUCCAAACCCAUGGUCGCGACCCAAAUGAGGGUCACGGGACGGUCUCGAAAAAAAGGCAAAAUUAUGAAUUUUUACAAUGUUAUAAUUGGAUCACGUCACUGGCACAAUAUGAAGAAUUAUUGAAAUGCUAACUAAAGUAGAAUAGAUGUGGAUAAUAAAGUAUCCAUAUACAGUGAUCCCUCGGUUAACGAGCUCCUAGGUUAACGAAUUACCUUCCAUAAGAUUAUUAAUUUCGGUUAACGAGCAAUC